UGAUUGUAGUUUCUCAACUUUCCCACUCAUGAAUUCUUCGUCCCUCAUUUUACCUAUUCACGACUUCACUUAUAUCUCUUAACAAUUAUCUGUUGAGAUCAUCAUCCUGAUUUUCAAUCAAUCCAACAAAAAGAGAAGUACGAGAACAAGAAAACACGGCUAUGGCCUUCUUCUACCACCAGGAUUAAAUGGUAAGUUUUCCAACUAAGUAUUAAUUUUAGCUGUAAAGGUAAUAAGUUUUGUUAUGAUGGUGGUAAGACAUAACAUUAUAACCAAAAAAGUACUAUGUUUAUAACUAAUGAUUGUUUACUUAACUACACCCAAUGCUUAUAUAACAAAAUUAAACAAAAAUUGUUCUACUCCAAACCAAUGAUGCCGAUUAUAACAAAAAAUAAAAUACCCACAUUGACCCAUAAUAAAUAAUAACCAACAAGUACAUGAGUUGUUAUAACACAUAUCUAGUUGAUGAGCCAUGAGAAGAUCCAGAUAAGAAUAUGAGUAAAGUAAAUAAUAAUAAUAAUAAUAAUAAAAGUAACCCACAAGCAUAUGUAUACCGAUCUAUAAUAUAAUAAUAACCAAUAAGUACAUGCAUUGUUAUGAAUGUAUUUAAUUGAUCAACUAGCCAUGAGAAGCUCCUUGGAUAAGAAUAUGAAUACAAGGAAACAUAUAUAUAAUUCAUAUGUUAGUAUUCACACGACUUCAACUUUCAAGUGCUUGCUUUGGGACUUUUAAAUAAUUUGAGAGAGUUAUUUGAAUCUUUUAUGGAACAAUGAACUACUUGGUACAUAGGCAUUUUAGUAAAUUCAUUUUUUGACGCUAUGUGUAGGGAACAAAAAAGUGCUGAUAGCUAUUAACAAUGCAUGUUAAGCCCUUGAGAUGAUUUCUUUUAAAUUUGGUAAAUAACUAAGAAGGCCACUAAAUUUCUAAAUUCCUAUAAACAAAUUUUAUCCUCAAAUAUAGUGGUCCCUUUUUAUAGUGAAUUCUUGACUUCACUCCCUUGUAUCUUCUUCUUCCUUCGACUCUCCCUUCAAUGGCAUUGAUCUGCUUUUCAUCAUUCUCUGCAUUAUCGAUUGUAACUUCUAUACUAACUGUCCAAAAAAUCUAUGCUUUACCAUUGUUUUGAAACCCGAGUUGAACUGGUCGGUUUAAUCAGUCAGACUGUGAAUCAGCCAUGAUUUUGAUCUAGUUCAUACUUUGAAUUGAUUGGAUUUAAGAACUGGCAAGAACUAUGUGAACCAUUCAUAUUAGAAUGAACAAUUGAACCAGGUUUUUUGUUUCUGGCUAUGAUUUUUGUUUCUACUACUAUAUAUUUUUGUAUGUUAAUAAUAUAUUGGAAGGAAUUAUUAGGUAUAUGAGGAGCUGAUUUUGGCUUUGCGUAGUUUAGGAUUUAAGUUUUGUUUGUGAACAAAAACUUGGACAAUUGAGGGUGAAUAAAGAAAGGAAAUUUGGAGAAAUUGCACUUGCAAUUUCUGGAGUUUACAUGGGGUUGAAGCUUUUAAAAAGACAAAAGGACUUACUACAAAAAUCACUAUUAUCUCAUAAUUAUUUUUAAAAAAAACUAUAAUGUACCAAAUACCUAUGCCUAUAUAUAACAAUACUUUACGUAAGUACAAGGAUCAUAUGCAUCCAAAAUCUUCUAAAUUUGGUGAUAGUCACCGCGAGAAUUGUGCAUUCAAAUUUUCCUAUCUAACUCAUUCGAAAGUAAUGUGUUCCAAGAAGUUGAAGCAAUUGUGUUCCAGAAAGUUGGAUGCACCAAAUCUUAAGAAAGUUGACAUAGUAGAGAAUGAAGCCAUCCUUGUGGAUUUAAAGGAAUCAGAGAUAAUCUUUUUGAGGCAUUCAAUUCUAUGAUUGGUACAAAAAGAAGAGGCAAAUAGAGUUGUCUGGAUGUUAAGAAUUUUGCAGUGAUGGCCAUCCAAGAUAUUGCCCUUUCAAUUGUGGGAAAAAUUGCAGAGAAGUGUGUCGAUCCAAUUUUGCGUCAAUUUCAGUACUUAAUUUUCUGCAAAAGCAAUGUUAAAACUCUGAGUGAUAACAUCAAAAAACUUGAGCUAAAAGAAACUGAGGUGCAACGAAAGGUAGAUCGAGCAAAAGACAAUGCUGAAGAAAUUAAACCAAUUGUUGUUGAUUGGUUGAAACAAGUUGAGGAUGUAAAGAAAGAUGCACAUGCUAUUUCUGAGGGUAUGGAGAAUGCUAAGGUGAAUUGCUUGAAUAUUGUCAGGCUUCCGAAUUUGAAGUCAUGCUAUUUGCUAGGCCGACGUGCGGUGAAAAGAACAAGUGUUGUUGAAAAACUCUUAGGAGAGGAGCAAUUUGAUCAAGUUGGAUCCAUUGCUCCAUUAGGCAAAAUGCGUUUUAGUGAAUCAACCCCAUCCUUAGAGGAAGGCCUAGUUUCUAGGAUGUCAACAAAGAAGGAAGUGAUGGAAGCUUUAAAGCAGGAGAAAACUAGCCUAAUGGCGAUUUGUGGUAUGGGCGGCGUAGGCAAGACUACUCUAGUCAAACAAAUUGCUGACCAGGUUAAGUUCGAGAAAUUGUUUGAUGAAGUUGCCAUGGCAACUGUGUCUCAAAGUCCAGACAUGAGAAAUGUCCAAAAUCAACUUGCUGAGCAGUUAGGGCUGACAAUAUCUGAGCAAACUGAUCUGCCAAGAGCUGAAAGAUUGUAUACGAGACUGAUUGGUCAUGACAAGAGAACUCUUGUUAUAUUGGAUGACAUUUGGAAAGAAGUUGAUUUUAAGAGUCUAGGAAUUCCCGUCAAAGGUGAAUGCAAGAGCUUAAAAGUAAUAUUGACAUCUCGGCUCUUUGAUGUGUGUAGUAUUAUGGGAGCUGAAAUUGUUGUGGUCAAUAUGUUGCCUGAGGAAGAAGCAUGGCAUCUUUUUAAAGAGAAGGCGGGAAUUUCUAAUGAUUUCAUUUUGAAUGAUGUUGCGAAACAGGUUGCAGGGGAAUGCAAAGGUUUACCUCUUGCAAUUGUUGUUGUUGCUAGGGCAUUAAGGAGCAAUCAUACACUAGAAUCCUGGAAUCGUGCCCUUCGACAACUAAGAAAGGACAGAAUGGGAAACCUAAAAGAAGUUCAAGAUUUGCUAUUUUCAAGGAUUGAAUGGAGCUAUAAUCGUUUGGAAACUGCUGAAAUGAAGUACCUACUUUUGCUUUGUAGCUUGUUUCCAGAGGAUCAUAGUAUUCCAAUUGAUUGCUUGGUUAGGUAUGUAAAAGGGCUACAGCAGUUCCAGGAUACAGAGACAUUCAGAGAUACAAGAGAUCAAGUAGACAUGCUGGUUGAUCAGUUAAGAAACUCCUAUUUGUUGCUAAAUGAUGGUGGAAAAGAAGACCAUGUAAAAUUGCACGAUGUCGUGCGAGAGGUUUGCUUGUCAAUUGCAUCAAAAGCAGAGCACGAGUUUUUGGUGAGGAAUGCUGGAGUGGGAGAAAAGAAUUCUUACACUGCAAUUUCACUAAUAUCCCAAGAUUCCAAUCAUGAUCUACUUCCAUUUUGCAAGGAAUAUCCAAGGCUUAUGCUAUUGCGUUUGGUAAUCAAAUCAGGGAAAUUAAACCUACCAAAAGAUUCUUUUGUAGGAAUGGAAGCUCUUAGGGUCAUGGAGUUAAAUAAUUUGCACAUAGAAUUUUCGCUAUCAUGGCCUGGCCAAAUGUUAAGGAGCCUUAGAACACUGUGUUUGGAUUAUUGUUACUUGGGCACUGGACUGUCGGCAAUGCUUGGACACGUGAUGCAAUUGGAAACUUUGAGUCUCUUUAAAUCCAAAAUUCAGGAUGAUCAGUUUCCAGCAGAAAUUGCUUGGCCGCGCAAUUUAAAGUUGUUGGAUUUGAGGGUUGAAAGUAGCCUCCAUCCUUUGCCUAGUGGUAUCUUGUCAAGUUUGAAGAAACUAGAAGAAUUGUAUUUGGGAUUUCAUAGUCAGUUGCAGCUAGGGAGAGAUAAAGAAGAGGAAAGCGGAUGCCUUAAAGAAAUCUCAUCAAUCUCUAACCUCACAUGUCUCCAAAUUGAUUUAUGUGACCUUAACCUCCUACUUCUACUAUUGCAGGAAUUUGAUACUCAGAAACUGUCAAGAUUUCAUAUUGUAGUAGGUAAGUAUGGAAGAAAAUUGUCAGAUCUCAGCAGAAACUACCAAUUUCAGAAUAGCUUCGAACUUUAUUUCUCUCAUGAUGAACCGUUGGAUGAUUUGUCUAGCACUGAAGCAUUGAAACAAAUGUUUGAUCCUAAAGUUACUGGCAUUAUCGAGAGAACUGAGAAUCUCACUUUGGGUCUUUCUGGAUCAGCAUGCUUGAGGAAUAUUGUGCCUCACUUGGGUGGAAAUGGAUUUAUCUACUUGAAAAAGCUUGAUCUGAGCAAAGGACAAUAUGAAUGUCUCAUUGAUUCUACCACCAAUCCUAUUGCUCGACAUGCUUUUGAAAAUUUGGUGUCCAUGAAGUUAAGAGAUCUGAAGUUGAACAAAAUAUGGUACGGAUUUCUUCCACCUUGGUGCUUCAGUCAACUCCAAGAGGUGGAACUUAAUUAUGUAAGUACUUUGGAGUUUUUGUGGAAGGAGCCAAUCGAACCUCCGUCAUUUUGCAAUCUUAGAUCUAUUGAGGUAAGAAAUUGUGAUCAAAUGACAACUCUCUUCUCGCAAUCAACAUUGAAAUGUUUGGUGAAACUCCAGAAGUUAGUAGCUUAUGACUGUAAAAAUUUGGAGAGCAUUGUUUUGAGGGAGGAAAGUUUGAAAGAGGAGGUACUUGAGCUACCCCAACUCAAAGUCUUGAGCCUUAUGUGGACAAACUUGAUGGGCUUCGGCUCCAAAGAUAAUAAAGCCGGGGUUUUUUUUGACCAGGUUUCACUCCCUUGCUUGGAAAUACUAGAGAUAAAUAGUCCUGGUGAUGGCCCCGAACUACUAAUAGGAGGUAAAAUGCCUAGUAGGUCUCUUGACAACUUAAAAUCUAUGCGUCUCUGCCAUGGUGACUCUAUCCGAUGCAUUGCCAAAGCUGAUACGGUUUCACUAUUACAAAACUUGCAAACACUUGAGCGGUGGUGGGGUAACAUGGAAUUCCUUAUCGACUUUGAGGGUCUAAAAGUUCCUAAUAUGCUAUCAAAAAUGGGACUUGAAAUUCUUCCCAAACUAGAGUCACUCGACUUAUUUGCCUGUCCAAGGUUAACCCAUAUUUGGAGGAAUUUUCCUGAAGGGGUUCGAGUAUUCCAAAACUUGAGAAGUCUAAGUGUGUACAACUGCCCUUUAAACUGUUUGUUUUAUCCUCCAAGUGUGGCUACGAUGCUCAUAAGUCUUGAGAAACUGAAAGUUCGUAGGUGCUCGAAAAUGUGUGGAGUUAUAGGUGAGGAAGAUGAAGAGGUCAGCCAAGAAGAUAAUGCUCAGCAACAUGAUGCUGGAAAACAUGGAGAAAUUGCACUGGAAAGAAUCAGCAAGGAAUUUGUGUUUCCUAAAUUAAACUCUUUGUGGUUGGAAGACCUUGAGAAUCUUCGAAACUUUGGUGGUAGUCAUCGGGAGGAUUAUGAGUUUAAAUUUCCCCUGCUCACUAAAUUGUUCAUAAUGAGUUGCCCAAAGUUGAAGAAAUUGUGUUUCGGAAAUUUGGAUGCACCAUUGCUUAAAAAAAUCCAAACGUCGAGAGAUAUAGAGAAUUUUGAAGCUCCUGUGGAUUUAAAGGAUAGAGAGAUUUGUCCUGAUGAUGGAGUUGUUUGAAUGGACAUUAAGGAGUCAUCAAGUUGAUUGAGUAAUAUGGGUCCGGCUACUACGAUCUUGACUGGUGGACAAGGCUGUUGGAUAUCGAUGGAAAUCUUAGUUGUGUUAAUACAAUAAGUGUGGAACUUAUAUGAGCAUUAAUACUUUUGUCCUUGAUUUUCUAAUAAUAAGUGUAUUCUAUGUAUUGUAUUAUGGCUUUACACAAUAAAUGUAUUGUCUGCAUUGUAUCAUGACUUUCAAACUAUAAAUGUAUUCUAUGUGUUGUGUCA